ACGGGCGGUGGCGUCUCCGGGAGCGGGGAUGGCGGCGGCGGUGUUAGCGGCCUCCGGGAGCGGGCAGUGCAAAGCCUCGGCCCUGGUGGUACUCGGAGAGGCCGGGAGGCCCGAGCUGUUGCUGCUGCCGGAUGUGAUCGCGCAGAUUCGGCGAGGGAUCCUCUCCUGGGACAUCGAUGCUUCUGCCUACAGCCUGGAUGAGCAGCUCAAGCUCUUUGUGUCCCGACAUUCUGCGACAUUUCCCGCAGAAGCAAAAGACCAAAAGAUUCUCCAUCACUGUGGUGAGGCAUUGGAAACAUUGGUGCUGAUAAACCCUUCCGUUGAGUCUCUGAGUGCUGAGAUACGGACUCUGAUCGCUGCACCAUCACGACACAAGCUCCUGGUGUUGGCUGGGCCAUGUCUGGAAGAAUCUGGUGAACUACUUUUACAGAAAGGAUCAUUCACACUCCAGGAUUUCAUCCAGAUCUUCACAGACAAGGAGAUUGGAGAGCUGUUGAGCUUCACGCCUCCUGCUGACAAGGCCAGCCUUACUCUGGCCUGCCCAGACUUGGGAGAAUGGAAGAAGUCGAGUCUGGAGAAGCACAGUCUCCAGGAGUUCAUCAAAAUCAGACUGAACCCUCCGGUCACACUGACAGAGAUGGAAGGCCUGCAGGAAUUCCUGGAGUACCUUUCGGAGACGAUGGAGGCAUCUUCCCCCUUUGACCUGUUGGAGCCCCCAGUCACUGUGGGCUUCCUGAAGCUCUCUAAACCCUGCUGCUAUAUCUUUCCAGGAGGCCGAGGGGACUCCGCAUUCUUUGCGGUCAAUGGCUUCAAUAUUCUGGUGGACGGAGGAUCGGAUCAGAAAUCUUCGUUCUGGAAACUGGUUCGUCACCUCGACAGGAUUGACUCUGUCCUGCUAACUCACAUUGGGACCGACAAUCUGCCUGGCAUCAACAGUCUACUGCACAGGAAACUGGCAGAACUGGAUGACGAUCAGUCGCUAGGCUCUGAAAUGAACAGUGACUGGACGAAACAUCUUAUUUCUCCUGAGAUUGGAGUCGUGUUUCUCAAUGCGCCCAAGAAGUUACAACAUAUUGAGAGAAGCAACGUGAGGCGAAGUGUUGAUGAGGUUAGUGUGAUGCUUCAGUAUUUGGAUCAGUUACAUAUUAACCCGGUGCCACUCUAUAGAACUGGUGGCAAUUCUUUAGAACCUCUAAUUCUCUUUCAAAAGAUGGGAGUUGGACGACUGGAGAUGUACGUCCUGAAUCCAGUUGAAGGGAGUAAGGACCUGAGCAACUUGAUGCAACAGUGGGCAGGCAAUGGUUGGCCAAAAGGAGGGAAUGUUCCACUUCAGUGCCUGGUGUCCGUCUGUGCCCUCAUUGUUUGGCACCCAGCAAGUCGGGUGGAAAAGAUAAUCCGGGUGCUGUUUCCUGGUUGCACUCCUCAGAACAGGAUCCUGGAGGGACUGGAGAAGGUGAAGCACCUGGAUUUCCUGAAGCAACCCCUGGCCACUCAGAGCGAGAUGGAGGCUUUGCAAAAGGACAAAGGCCCAAAGCCCAAACGGACAGAAAGUCGGGAGAGUCUCCACAGCCUCAGCAAGGGGUCAAGUGGCAGGGGAGGUCGUGACCCAGAGGCCGGGUCGCGGCUGGGAUCAGCCAAAUCCCGGGUGGAAAGGAAGGACAAGUCUGGGAAAACGAAAGCUGACACAGCAACACCAGGUGAGGGAACAAAAGAAUCUCACCCCAAUAUGUCAUCGGAGCUGAAGGCUGGAGAACAAGGUGGGGACAAACUGAAAACCAACACCCAACUGAAACCAUCCAAGGAAAAACUGCAAAAGAAAGAGGCAAAGCUGGUGAAACUGGAAGAGAACAAGGAUGUGAAAGUCUCUAAAAGGGAAGAGAGAAAGGAUACAGAGGAAAAGAAACAGGUGAGAAAAGAGGUGCCAAAACAAGUUAAAAAGAUCGAACCUAAAAAGGAUGAAAGGACAGGAGCUAAGGUCCCCAUUAAAUUGUCCUCUGCUUCUUCUGAGAGCAGAAGGCCUUCAGCAAAAAGCCACAUGCCGAGCAAAGAGAUCAAAAAAAAUCUAGUUACUUCUGGGAAAGGAUCUGUCAAAACCAAACCAAAGCUUCAGAGCAAGGAAACUGCAGAUUGCAAACAGACUGCAGGCAGUGUGUCCCUCACUGAGAAGGGCCCUCAGCCAGCUGCUUCCAAGAUGUCCACUCCCGAAGACAUGACAGCUGAUUUUGAACAUCUCCAACAAGCUGAGCAGGUGGUACAGGCACAAGGUGCAGCGACUGGGUCAGCGGGUUAUGAGGGGAAGGUGGUCAUCCCAGAUGAAACAUCGCCUGAUGAGGGCUUCACUACAAUGGAGAAUGAAAGUGAGCUGGAGUCUUCUCCCCAGGAUGAUGGCCAGCUUGUCGAUGCUACCAUCCCUGAAAAUGAGGACCCAGUCAUCUUGGAGUUCGAGCCAGACAAGGGAGGCAAGAGUACAGAAGAGAAACAGGAAGUCAGAGGUGAAGCAGAGGCUGAAUCUGAUCAAGGUAUGAUUAGAAUUAAUCAUAUUAAUGGUCUGAUCUGUGAUACUGAAAAUGAAGAUGGUUUUGAGAUGGAAAGUCCUGAUAAAUUCAGGUAUUUUGAUGAAAAGUUGAGCCCUAGUAGGAAUAUGGCAGCCCUUUCACCACUUGCUAAAACCCCACGGAGUGAUCGUAGUGUUAACUUUGAUCUAACACCAACUGAACUUGGGCCACUAGAGGAAAUUAAAGGGCAGAUGUCAGUCAACAACCAGGAGACUCUGGAGGACCAGUGUGCAAGCUCUGAGGAGAAGACCUUGGAGAUGGUCUCUCCUCCAGGAUCGGGUCUGGCCAGUGCUGGCCACACUCCAUUCCAUCAAUCACCCAUUGAUGAGAUCAUUCCCAGGGGUGAAAAUGGUUUAAUUGAGAGAGUUUCCAGCCUUCUCAGUGAGGAGACCCAGUUGAACAAUGCUUUUAAUAAGACUUUAGAUGGUGGACCCCAGUCAAAUGCAAGACCACCUUUUGAAAACACCAGUGCUCCACUGGACAGACAUACUGGCUUCCUGACCUUAAGUCCAUUCAAGGAAGUAGUCCCUGAUGUCUCGCCGACCUUGACCACCCCGUCGUUGCCAGCUGAGGUUGGCUCUCCUCAUUCCACAGAAGUUGAUGAGUCUCUGUCAGUCUCCUUUGAACAAGUUCUGCCACCCCUGAGUGAAGCUCUAGCCUCUCCAAGAGAGCAUAAUCAGAGGGGACCUCUCAAUGGUCUUUCUCCUGAACAUGAAACCUUCUCGGCGAAGGGUGACCCUCCCAGCAUGAGCCUGCCCCUGAAGUCAUUGCAAGAUUCAUUCCGGGCUCCGCAGGUGGCCCUGGGCAGUGUCUCGGAUGGCGAUGGUGCGUUAACUCACGGCGAUGGAAUUGAUGGGCAUUUGCCACAUGUGAUGGCAAUGCCCUCUGACUCUCCUCAUGAUGUUGACUUGUGCCUUGUAUCACCCUGUGAAUUUAAGCACCCAAAGACUGAACUCUCGCCCUCCUUCAUUAACCCCAGCCCACGGGAGUUGUCAGACGAGAGUGACCUUUCCCAGGAAUUUGCCAAGCCGGUUGGCCAAAGGAGAGGUCACAGGUCUCCCUCCAAUCGAAAGGCAGCUCUGGAUGAAAGGACCCCAACUUCUGCUAGUGAGUCCCUUCCAACCCUCUCAGGUUCUGACGCCCAGCCUGGGACUGAGGACUGCCCAUCCAUCACUGCAGAUGGUGGCAUUGACUCUGAGGAAGACUCUGAGAUCAUUCCCGCUGACAGGUCUCGUUCACCUGUGUCUUCAAUACCAUGUGACCCUUUGCCUGCCCCGAUGAAAGACCCUCACCCACCCCCGCCCCAACCUGGUAUCUGCAUGGUAGACCCUGAGGUACUGACACACAACUCUACCAAAGAUGCCAGAGAAAAGGCGAAAGGGAAAAAAUUAGGUUCAAAGCCAGCUUUGAGCUCUGCAGCAAGGAAAACUGAAAACACUAAACAAUCAACUCUCUCCAAACCAAAAGGUCACCAACUGAUGCCUAAAGAGGUGGAUAAGAUGGUCACGGGCAGUAAGAUCAACCAACCGGCGAAGGUUUACCGAGCAAAUUCCAACCAGUCAAUAAAUUCUGAGGACAAGAAGGGAAGGAAUCUUCAAACUACAAGUUCCAAACCGCCUCGCAGUGCAGUGACAGGUGCAGUGAGCAAGGCUCCUCCGGUGGGGCCCCCUGUGUAUGUGGAUCUUGCCUACGUUCCCAACAACCACAGCGCUAGAACAAUCGACGCAGACUUUUUUAAACGACUGAGAUCUUCAAUCUACGUCAUCAGUGGAGAUGAUCCCCAGAAGGAGGGGACAAUGAGGAAUAUUCUGGAUGCUCUCCUGGAAGGCAAAACUGUGUGGGGGGAUAAUAUCCAGGUCACCAUAAUCCCGACCUUUGACUCUCCAAUCAUGCAUGAGUGGUACCAGGAAACCCACGAGAAACAGCAGUCACUAAACAUUACGGUGCUGGGGAGUAACAGCACUGUUGUCAUGCAAGAGGAGACCUUUCCUGCCUGCAAAGUUGAAUUCUGAUCGGGUGUUUGUUCAACACACACAACUUUUUUUGUGCACAGGGAGUUGUAACCCAUGUUGGAUUAAUCCCACCCUCUAAUAGGCAAAAUAUCAAUCCUUCUAUGGAGUGUUUCUAGUGAUGUGUCAAGUAAUGCACGUUGAACCCCUCCCUCCCACAUUUCUCCCAGUUCACCUGAUGCUUCAAAAAAUGUUGCACAACCAUCUUAGGCCCAGGAUUCCCUCGAGCACCAGUGAACUGGGUGAAGGGUUGAGCUGUGCCAAUGGGUAUAUGAUGAGGGGACAGUAAGAGCCCACUGGGGCCAAGAGGUUAGAAUGGUAUCUGCUGACCACCCCAAUACUUUGCAAUGAGGGCCACUUGUUUUCCUUUUGAAUGCAAAUAAUAGGGUAUUUAAUCUUGUUCACUGUGCAAAUCAGUUGGCUCAAAGGAGAGCAACACUCUGGGGUUAAACUAUCAUUGGUCGCUAUGAAGCUGGCUUGACUUUCCCCAUAGUGUUUAGACUGACAGCUUGGUUCAAGAGCUUUUUAAUUCCAGCCUGUGCUCAUGGCUAAUCUGUCACAAGUUAUAACGGUGAAUGAAGUCUCUGCUGUAGGGUGGUUUUUCUUAUGACCAGUCACCAUUUCAAUUAGAAUUAUAAUAUAGGGGGUAAAUAAACUCCUCCCCUAGGUACCCAGGGCCUUUCAGUUGGAGUCUGGGAGUUAACAUUCACACCUGCCCCAUACUGCUCCCACUGGAACUCUAACCUGCUGGCAUAUGGGCUCCAUCAGCACUGAUCUCUGUCUGGCAUUUGAACUAAAUGAUCCAUUCUUGCAAGUAUAAUGAGUGUCAGUGGCCAAGCUGACCUGGAUGGCUCCAUAAUUAGGCUGGUUUAGACUCCUGCCCAGUUAUUGUCUCCAGGACUGGGCUCUAUAAAACUCUUCCAGUGAUUAGACUCCUCUCCAUCAGGCUUGAGAUUGACAAAUUAAACCAAAUGCUGACUACAUUCACAAAUGAGUUGGUAAGAGCCAAACUGCUUUGCUAAUUCUUGUUUUACUCUGCUAUCUUUCAUUUUCCAGGAAGAGUGGUAGCUGAAGGUGGGGUAAAUCUUGACACCUGGUUCUGAUGUAGUUGUGCAACUAUAAAGAUCCUGCUCUGGCUGUGCAUAUCUUGAUUUCAGAUUUCUUUGAUCCAAUGUUAAACAUUCACCAAUCAACUGAGACCAGCCAAGGACUAGUCUCAUUUAGUGGAAGUUCACAACAAGUGAGUUCAGUUGAAAUCCACAUUGUAGCUUCUCUCUUCAAUGAGGAGUUGCUUAUUGCUGGGCAGGUUGAGUCUGGUGUUUGAGUGACUAUACACCACAUCGCUUAGACUUGGAGUGAACAAAAAGCAAUUCACUGCUUCAACAACGUUCCACUAUAAACAUGAGCUCUGAUACCUCAAUAUAAAAUAUAUAUUGCAUGUUAAUCAACUUCAGUUGCAUUGUGGGUGAGGAUAAUAUAUUUUAUUUCUGGGAGGUAAGCAUUGUUGCUCAUCCCUAAUUGCCCCUUAGGAGGUGGAGGUCAUCAGUGAAGGUGACUAGUAUUAUAUUUUCACCCUCCUGAAUUACUGAAGAGGACGAGGGCAAACUGCAAUGAUGUGGGAGUGGAAGAGUUGAGAUUGAUGUUUCAAUCAGUAGGAUUUGAAUUGGUAACAGUCAUCACCUAGAUUCUCUUGGAAUCUAUGCUUCAAACCCAUCCUUAGUAUGAUAGGAAGCACAGGAGAGAAUUGAAUUAAUGGCAGUUUGUGGUCUUAGUUAAUGCUGUUGAAACACUUGAUGUCUGUCCUUGCAACACCAGUCACCUUUCCCCAGUUAACACGGCAGCUGUGACCUGCAAAUGUCCCUAAUGUCAAAUUGAAAAUAACUAUUGGCAGACAAUUGAAUUAGCUUUGGUGAAUAGUUCUGAUGAGUAAAGGUUUUAUUUAUCAGUGGUGAGGCAUGGAGAAUGAGAGAACAGUUGGCUGGUAAAGCUUUGUUCAGUGUGGAUCCCGGCUGUGAGGCUUAUUUGGAAAGGGUAGGUGGUGUAGCUGCAGAGUGCAGUGUCUUCAUGUUGACUGUCAGAGGGCCAUCUCGUUGCUGGCUGGAGAUAAUAUCACUGGCUUAAUGUCUCCAACCUAAUCCUGGUAAUGGUAGUUGGCCAUUUAGCCAGACACUGACAGUCAACAAACACCUACUUGUGACCUUAGUGAAUGAUGGUUUGGGAAAGUAGAUAAAAGAACAGACGGAUGUAUUUAGACGUGUGAGUGCUUUAGUACUAGACUGGGAAGGGUUAGAAUGAUGACUAUAUUCUAAUGCUGAGGGGGCACAAACUCCACUUAGAUCAGAUUGAGGUGUUCAAUGCUUUUGAAUUGUCUGAACUGCAGAUUUGGUAAAAAGGUCAUUUUCUGGUCCAGAAAAAGCAAACCGCCUUUAGCUGUUGAGAGGAGGGUGAGUGGAGGGACAAGUGAAAUCAGAACCAGGAACCAUCAAUCCUCCCAAGUUUAACAUAGAUCUGCCAUAAAGAGUAUUUUCUCCUUUAUUUUUCACACACACCCCCCCCCACCACUAUCUCCUUGGAGUGUGGGUUACAAGGCCAGACCUGCCCUUGAACCUGGGAUGUGCUCUCGUUUUGUUUACAUGUAGAGCAAUAGUAGCUGAAAGUUUAAUUAUCUUGUGCCCUGAAUUCAGCUACUUUAAUCCUACACCCUCCACUGAGAAGCAUAAAGAGCUCAUGACACAUCAGCAUGUAACUGAAAAGAUUGCAAUUUCAAUCCAGUUAUUUAUUCUCAAAAUUAAUAUAUAAGCUUUUGGUUAUGGUUUACACUUUUUUUUAAAUUGCUGACUUAUCUGAGCAGCACUGUUUUUUGUCAAACUUUUCAUUAAGGUUUUUUAAAUGUGAGGUUUAAUCAGUAUUAAACACUAAUUGGUGAAUUAUUUUAAGGUUAAUGCAAUGGAGGAUGCAAAUGUUUGUCCUGAUUUAUGCAUUUCAUUGAGAAUUGUACUGUAGUCCUGAACGUGUAUGUGAAACUUUCCAUAACUGCUGUCUGUGCCAUACAUUGACAGGAUAUUGUGAAUUUUAAAGGAUAGUGUGUUUACACAUCAGUAGGUGGGGAUAAUGCCUAUCUCUGAAUCAAUACGAGGAACUCUCAACCAACCUGGUUAAAAGUGUGGGAGUUUGGUGGAUUUUAGCCUAAAAUAAUCGAGCAAUGUUUCGUCCCCCUGCAGAGGGUUGAUUGACUGACUUGAUCUUCUAUUGGAGAUGCUGGGGGAGUUCAUCUAGUUUAACUCUAAAGACCCCCACCCCCCCCCCCCCCCACCCAAUUCCAUUUGUAAACACCCAUGUUUAUACUGUUAAUCUGGUUCACUGGUAAGAGGAGGGCUUGCAGGGGCUGGGUGUGCUGUUUGGGGAGGGAGUCUCUCUCCAGUGUUUCACUUUAAAUGGGGAGGUGUCUGCACGGAAUUGCUUACGUCCCUCCCUGUUACUGUGCAGAGGUCCACGCUGCUAGUUGUUCCCACUUGCUUCUAAGGAUUGUCUGUGUAUGUGCACAGACUGAUCUAUCUGUUGGCACUACUAUUUUAAAAAAAAAUGUCUGGCUUUAUGAUGAAAUUGAACAAUAAAAUUUAAU